AUGGAGGGAACUCGCGUGUUUGUAUCUGGACUCCCGCCCUCGCUUACAAGUGAUAAACUACGAAAUCACUUUGCUCAGCGGUUCGAGGUUACAGAUGCACAUGUCAUUCCCAACAGACGAAUUGGCUUUGUAGGAUUCAAGGGUCCAAAUCUUGCUGAAAAUGCUAUCAAGUACUUCAAUAAGACAUUCAUUAACAUGUCAAGGAUAUCAGUGGAAAUGGCCAGAGCUAUAUUUUCAAAGGUCGACGCCAAUGGCGAAGCAGAUUUACGUGCAAGGUAUAGAAAACACCUGGAUGCUAAAAGCCAUCCUCCUUCUCUAAAGCGGAAGCGCCCUUCACAAGAUACGGUUGAGGAUUCAAACCUGCAAGAAUACCUCACUGCUAUGCAACCGCCCACGAAGUCUCGGACGUGGGCGGAUAGCGGUAGCAGUCUAGCAGUGCCUCAAGAGCAGGAGCGCGAACCUAUGAUUGAUGCUGAAAAAGAAAACCCUGAAACUAAGAGUGAUAUUGAUAUGCAAAAUACUGGGGAGCCAGCUACGGCUACCUUGGCAAUGGAGUCACAAACACCAGACACGAAAACUGUUGGAGAUAGUGAUCCAGGUAAUGCUACUGAGCAUCCAGCACCCCAGAAUGACGAUGAUUGGUUACGAUCAAAGACAUCCCGUCUCCUUGGGCUUUUGGAUGAAGAGGAUGAUAUGUUAGCUCAAACUUGGGCAGGCAAGGCUUCGGAAAAUACCACUGAUCGUGCUCAGGCUCCUCCCGCUGAAACAUCCACCACUCAAGAUGCCAUUGAAAAGCAGGAUCACGUGUCGGAGCCCGCUCCAGAUGCUAACAUUGAAUCGAUCCGACUCACUGGGCGGCUCUUUAUACGGAACCUACCUUAUAACGCGUCUGAAGAUGAUCUAAGUGCUGCAUUUUCUCGUUUUGGUAAAAUCGAAGAGACCCAUGUUGCCAUAGAUACACGGCAUUCCACAAGCAAAGGUUUUGCAUACAUUCAGUAUGUUGAGAGCGAUGCUGCAAUAGAGGCAUACAAGCAAUUAGAUGGAAAGGACUUUCAGGGUCGCCUAAUGCACAUAUUACCUGCUUCAUCAAAGAAAACAUACAAACUAGAUGAAUUCGAAAUUUCGAAGCUGCCUUUGAAGAAGCAACAGCAAAUCAAAAGGAAAGCUGAGGCCGCUUCAUCUACUUUUAGUUGGAAUUCUCUGUAUAUGAAUACUGAUGCGGUAAUGGCCUCGGUAGCGGACAGAUUGGGUGUUUCAAAGUCACAACUUCUGGACCCAACCUCUUCAGAUGCUGCAGUCAAGCAAGCCCAUGCAGAAACCCAUGUCAUUCAAGAAACCAAGGCCUAUUUUAGUGCCAAUGGUGUUAACAUUGAGUCAUUUAAGCAGCGUGAAAGAGGAAACACUGCUCUUUUAUUGAAGAAUUUUACAUAUGGUGUUUCAUCUGAAGAUAUUAAAAAACUUUGUGAACCCUUUGGGCAACUGACACGACUUCUCAUGCCACCUAGUGGUACGAUUGCUAUAGUUGAGUUUGCCAUGCCUGAUGAAGCUCAGCGAGCAUUCAAAGGGCUUGCCUAUAAAAGACUAGGCGAAUCGAUUCUCUACGUAGAGAAAGCUCCAAAAGAUCUGUUUGAGGGCGGCCCAACUGUUACAAUGCCGUCAUUGUUAAACGAAAAAGUCGUCUCUCAAGGCUUUUCUACCUCAGAUACCUUUAGGGCCGAUGAGCCAGAAGCACCUAUGGAGAGCGCAACCCUGUUCGUUCGUAAUCUGAAUUUUAUUACUACUGACACAGGCUUAAGCGACCUAUUCAGACCCCUUGAUGGCUUCAUUUCUGCCCAGGUGAAGACGAGGCCAGACCCAAAGAAACCAGGUGAACGGCUCAGCAUGGGCUUUGGCUUUGUGGAAUUCAAAAGUCGGGCCCAGGCUGAAGCAGCUCUCAAGGCUCUUAAUGGGUAUAAGCUCGACCAGCAUGAGCUCGUCAUCAAACCCUCCCACAAGGGGAUGGAUGCAGCCGAGCAGCGGCGGCGGGAGGACAAUGCGAAGAAAGCAUCCGCGAAGCGAACCAAAAUCAUUAUCAAAAACUUGCCGUUCCAAGCAACCAAGAAGGAUAUCUGGUCCCUUUUUGCGGCUUAUGGCCAACUUCGGUCUGUCCGUGUGCCGAAGAAAUUCGACAGGACUGCUCGUGGUUUCGCCUUUGCCGACUUUGUGAGCUCGAGGGAGGCUGAGAACGCGAUGGAUGCUUUGCGAAAUACCCAUCUUCUCGGCCGACGGCUUGUGCUAGAAUUCGUCUCUGAGGAGGCCACCGACCCGGAAGACCAGAUCAAGGAGAUCGAGAGGAAGAUGGACGCGCAAGUGAACAAGGUUAAGAUACAGAAACUUAUGGGGCCUGGACGAAAGAAAUUUCAUGUUGAUGCGGACCUUGAGGAUUAG